AGCAGCAUGAGUGGCGGAGUAGGAGCUUUAGCUGCAGCUAUCAGUGACGUGACCAAAAAACCACUGACACCAAAACCGCGCGGCUCAUUACCGAAUGACGUAAACCAACCGCCACAAACGGAAUUUCACUGGCCCCCCGUGCCGGUGAGCACGCACACCAGCAAUCUGCGCUUAAAUAUGAUGAAUCAGAAUCCAAAAGACCUGCAUACAGCGCGACUCAUGAUCGAGGAGUUGCGUACGAAGGUGCGCUAUCAGGCGGAGCACAUCAUGAAGUGGCGGAAGGCAUAUGCGCUGCAGAUACAACAACAAUACCGCUACCAGAAGGAGAAGACAGAUCAGAUGAAUACGCUGACCUCGCAACUUCUAUUACUCGAAUCGCGGCUAAAGCGGAAGCAAAAACAGGUUGCGAGCUUACUCAGCCAUCGCGAAUUCACUAUACAGCGGCAGCAAAAGAUUAUCGACACGCUUUCGAAUCGACUGUCGGAUCAUGGACUGGACGCUAUCGAGGCAAACUACACCACGGAGCUGGAUUCGCUUAACGACUCCGACUCGGCAGUGGUGCUGGAAGAUAUCGAUUCGGAUAGCAGCAAUAUGCCGUUUGGCGCACGUCGUCGCAGCAGUGGCGGUGGCUACGGCUCCGGCACGGGUCAAAGUGCUGGUGAUAGCAUCACCAUUGUGCGUUCCAUUUCCGAUGCCAUUGAGACGAACUUGAACAAGUACAGUGGCGUACGACGUAACAACUGCUUCCUGCGACGGCCGGAAAUAUUGGAGACUGUCUACUCGGUGGAGGAGGAUCCGGAGCCGACAUCAGAUGUGGCAGAGAAGCGUGAUAAGUUCCGAACUCGCUCGGAGAAGGCGCUGAGUUCGAGUUCAACAGAAGGACAAAUCGACAGCAACUCUUCGCAUGCGACGCCACAUGCAGCAGCGAACAUCACUCAGCCGGAGCGUGCGAAAGAAAAUGUGCGCAUCACACCGCCCUCGCCGCAACGUCAACUCAGCAUCUCACAACCGCUUGAGUCACCGAAAAAGGAAGACGGUUACACCGCCUACAGCGUCAUGGUGCCGCAGUUGCGCACUACAGCUGCCACACCGACCACGGAGAGAAUCAGUGCGCUGGCUGGCGCUGACGUCGAUGGCAGUUCGACCGGCGUCAAAUCGCAGGUGACGAACUACAAUCGCGUCAUGUCCAACCAUCGCUCGGUGACCAAACCAAAGGACGUGAAAUACAAACGCAUCAACAAGGCAAAGUCGAAAAGCCUGGAGGAGCUACGCGGUCGGCUUAAAAAUCUGGUGGAGCGCGGCGGCAGCGCGGGUAAUGGUCUUGACGCGCACGGUAGUGGUGCGCCCUAUGCGCACGGUGUUAUGCCGCAGACUGCACAGUCAUACGCGUGACAAUGGCCAUC